AUGUCCAAAACUUCGGUAGGCGAUGUCUAUGCGAAAGUCAUAAAUGAUGUCUGCGAGGCGUCACGGCAAGACUUCGAGGAAGGCGGUGUUGAGCUGGCGACUCUUGAACUGCUGAAAUCGGAAUGGCAGAAGAAGCUCUCUGGUCUCAAGGUCGCGCAGCUUCCAUGGGAUCCUCCUCCAGCCCCUGCCAUCAAGGAGCAGAGCGUCGUUCCCAGCAGCGCGAAGCCGACCCCUCAAACUCUCCCGAGUAAUGGAACCACUGUCAGCACUCCACCAUCUCAACAGGCCGCUCCUCCAGCGCCUCAGAUCAAGGCCGAAAAUAGUGCUCCCUCCUUUCCGGCUCAGCAAGCCCCCCCUCCUCCUCAGCCUUAUCAGGCUCCUUCAUUCCAACAGGGCCAACCCUUGACAGCUCGCGAUCGAGCGAUCAUGAAUCUUCACCAGAGUUUUGGUCAACGAGCAGGCCCUCAGAUUGCGCAACUUCAAUCCGGCAACCCACCUCGUGCACCCAUGCAACAAUCCACCGCUCCUUCAAGCAACUACAUCAAGCAGGAAGAGGCUAACUCUGGGUUCGCCGACAUUCAGGACUAUACCGCUGACAUCAAACCUCAACCCCAAGCUGCCGUUAAUGCAAGUCAAACCGAUGGAUCGUGCGAUACUCGUGAUGGUUGGGAAACCGAAUAUGCUCGACGAAAAGCAUUCGCCGCUGCACGUGGUGCUGAAGGGGAUGGUCUGAUGCGUGCCCAUUUCCAGACCAAGCAGCAAGAACUCGAAGGUGGUGGUCUUCUGAUGGCACUCGAUGAACGCAAUACCCCAAACAGAGCCAUGGCUCGAAACCUAAAGACCCUUUUCGCAUCAGAGGGCAGCACCAACAACACAAGCAUCGGCCGCGCACAAGGCGACGCGACAGGUGAUGAUGAUGGGGAUGACGAUGAGGAUGCCAUCAACUCCGAUCUGGACGAUCCUGAUGACCUGGCCGCAAACGAGGAGAAUGGCGAGAAUACGGAUCAAGUCAUGCUGUGUACCUACGAUAAGGUCCAGCGUGUUAAGAAUAAGUGGAAGUGUACCCUCAAAGACGGUAUUUUGCGCGUCGAGGGUAAUGAGUACGUUUUCCACAAGGGCCAAGGCGAAUUCGAAUGGUAA